AUGGCAGGAAAAAUGUGUAUGAUGGUGAUGGUGAUGGCAUUGAUAUUGAUGGGAUGUCGUCUAACAGCAUGCGAUGGAAUGGCUUCUAAUGAAACAAAAAAAGACCAGUUGUCGAAGGUGUGUUACAAAAAUUGCAUGACCAAAUGCGGCCAAGAUAAUUACCAGUGUCAGGACCUCUGUUUCGGCGUUUGUGAUCCCAACAAACGCCCUCCUGCACCACCGUCUCUCAAUUGA